AUGAUCAAUGUAUCCGAAAAGGAUGUAUCUACACAACAAACUAAUGUACUAACUAAAGGUCUGAAUUUCGCGGUUGCACCACGAAACUUACCCUUUAAAGAAAUAAUUACUAAUACUGAAUUUGCAUGUUCACAACUCGUGGAUAAAGAAAAAGCCCAAGAACUAAGAAGCGAUGUAGUUCGUAUACUUAAAAGAGCCAAAGCCCCAAUAAGCAACAUCUCAAAAGACGAAAGGAUAGCUUUAGCCAACCUUAAAAGAAAUAACGACAUUAUAUUACCUGAAGACAAAGGCCGAGCUACAGUAGUUAUGGAUAAAGAAAAAUAUGAAAAGAAAAUUAAUGCAUUAUUACAAGACAAAGCAACAUACAAGAAGCUAACAAAGGACCCGACCAGUAAGUACAAAAAUAAACUUAUUAACAUGUCAAGAAAAUGGAAUGGACAGAAAACCAGUGGCGGCUCUUGUCCGACAGGGGGUCUUGAGCUCGUGGCUCGAGCUAGGAGAAGGAAUUAA